AACCCCCCUCCCAUGGCAGAUAUCAGCAACAUUGUUUCUGGUGCAAAUGUUCACAUUAACACCCCGAGAAAGAUUGUCACCACCAUGAGCAAUAGUAAUGGUGAGACUGAUGAAUCUGCUUUUUUGCCUGUCAGUGUUGAAAUGCAGGACAAUGUUAAGGAAGCUGGCGACCUUUUGCAAUUUCCCAGUAUCAAUGGAUGGUUUGCUGAGAAUUGCCCGAUGUGGCCUGGACAAGCGCACUUCCUAAAGGUUGAAAAAGUUCUAUUUGAAGGGAAGUCAAAGUACCAAAGCAUGAUGGUGUUUCAGUCAUCAGGAUAUGGCAAGGUUUUUGUGUUGGACGGGGCUCUCCAACUCACCGAGAAGGAUGAAUGUUCAUAUCAAGAAAUGAUGACUCACCUUCCACUUUGCUCCAUUCCAGACCCCAGCAAGGUGUUGCUGAUUGGUGGAGGAGAUGGUGGCAUCCUCAGGGAAAUCUCUCGCCACAUGUCUGUCGAGCAGAUUGAUAUAUGCGAGAUAGACACAAUGCUGAUUGAUGUGUACAAGGAAUUCUUCCCUGAUAUUGCCAUUGGAUACGAUGACCCUCGUGUAACACUCCAUAUUCAAGAUGGGACUGCAUUUUUGAAGUCUGCUCCAAAUGCUACCUAUGAUGCAAUAAUAGUGGAUGCAUUUGACCCGAUAAGACCUGAACAUGAGCUUUUUGACAGUCCAUUCUUUGAGUUGGCAGCAAGAUCUCUUCGUCCGGGUGGAGUCAUGUGCAUUCAGGCAGAAAGCCUUUGGUAUCAGCCAUUCAACAUUGAAGAACUCAUUUCAAGUUUUCGCAAUAUUUUCAGAGGAUCUAUCAGCUAUGCAUGGACUGUUGUUCCUACAUAUCCAAGUGGAGUGAUUGGUUUCUUGCUUUGCUCAACCGAAGGGCCAUAUGUUGAUUUCAAAAAGCCUGUCAACCCCAUCGAUCCCGACCAAAUUUCGGGUGUAGCCAGAGGACCUUUGCAAUUCUACAACUCAGAGGUACACUCAGCUGCAUUUUGUUUGCCAACUUUUGCGAAGAAGGCAACUGGCUUCGAUGGUUGAGGUGUUAUGAGAAAUAGAGUUGGAAUAGGUGGAUUUGCUGGACAAUUAGCAAAGCAAAUUUACAAUAAGUGUUAUCAGUA